CAUUGAAAAAGGAAUGUUAAAACAAUGGUGGAGCAACAUAUUGUGGAAUCAACCGGUUGAUAAAAGUGAAUCAAAAAAAUGGUGGAGCGGAAAUUUCAAACCUUGGGAUGGAGAUUUUGAACCAUGGCGUGAAAAUAAUGGUGGCGAAGAUUUUGCUGUAUUUCCUGGUGGGCGCUUUGGUGCAUGGGGUGAUCGUAUCUUUAUUGACAGAAAAGAAUAA